AUAGUUUAUCUGAUUUUGCAACACAUCCUCCACAAACACUUACACAUACAUAAAAGGGCAUUGAGCAAACCACAUAAAGAUCAUUGCACUCAUCCAUGUUGAUCUGGUUCAAACACAUCUACACUGAAGACAGACAGGUGAGGAUGGGUGACCUUGUGAUUUUGUUGCUCACACUUUUUCCUGGGCUGUGCAUUGCUCAUUUGACAGAGAAUCUUGCUGUUGGAGCUCCAGCUGUCCAGUCUUCUACAUACAAUUAUUUAGGAGCUGCUAAAAAUGCUGUUGAUGGCAAUAGUGACUCAAAUUACAUGCGCGGGUCCUGCACUCACACUGCAGGGGACAAUCCGUGGUGGAGAGUUGACUUGAGGAAACCACACAAGGUAACCAGGGUUAUUAUCACUAAUCGAGGAGACUGUUGUGCAGAGAGGAUAGCUGGUGCUCAGAUCCGUAUCGGCAACAGCCUGGCAUAUAAUGGCAACAGAAAUUGGCUGGUUACAACUAUUAGGGCCAUCCCAUCUGGAGGCACACAAACAUUUGAUUUUAGUCCUGUUAAGGGGAGAUAUGUCAACAUUUAUCUACCUGGGACCAAUAAAUACCUCACUCUGUGUGAAGUCCAGGUGUUUGAGGAUUAAGUGCAGCAAGAUGAAGUUACACCUCAGUCCACCCAUCCCUGAAGCAAAAUAAAAAGAAAAAAAAAAGCUAUAUUCUAAGCUAUACUAAUAUUCUAAGCUAUACUUCUACUUUUUAACUGCAUAUUUUAUCCUUAAGAGCUGUUUCAAUGCAACUUAAAGAAAAAGUUUUUAAAAUGCCUUGAGAAAUUGUGCUGUAAGUGAAAAAUGUUACACUAUGUUGCAUCACUAAACAUGUUUUUACAUGGGGCCGGUUGGAUAAACUGCCUAGACUAGUCUUAAAAAAUUUGUCAUCUAAUUAGUUUUCUUCUGGUCAAAACCUUUUAUAGUCAAUUGCAAAACAGUAGAUUGGCCAAAUUUGAAUCAUAAAAGUAAAACUUAUUAGCUCUUGGCUAACUGCUGGUUGGUCAAACUCGUUCUUAAGACUAAGACUAAGUCUUAAUGGCUAUGUUUAUGCAACUGACCAAUGGUUUUAAGUAACUGGUGAUUUAGAAUAACUGUUAUCCUUUAUACUUUUGUUAGUUGUUGCAGAAUAAUACCCUAAACACUCUUUAUUUAUCUUUGCUUUCUACAUAAAUAAUAAAGAAUGGCUAAAGCA